AUGUUGAAGGAUGUGGAGCUGGAGGAGAUAAUGGAAGAAGACUCUCCUGGGGAGAAGACCCCGGGGCAACCGCCCAGCCAGACCGUCUCUGACAUGUUUAGGGGGAUGCUAACUACGGCCAUCCGCUGCACCCUUCCCACUUGUAGAUGUGAUUGUUUCGCCCCUGGGAAGGCACAUAUGCGAACAUGUGACAACUGCCAACAUGGCUGGGUUGCCCACGCUUUAGACAAACUGACUCCACGUCAUAGCUUCCACUUAGGUACGCAAGUUGAGAUCGUACAACCGAACAUUGUAUUCGACAUUGCAAGUUUGAUGCUUUACGGUGCUCAUGCGACGCCUAUCCGACUAAAGAUCCUAUUAGAUCGGUUAUUCAGUGUUCUUCAACAUGAUGAAGUCAUACAAGUGCUCCAUGGGUUUGGCUGGUCUUACGAGGACUAUGCCCGCGGUUAUAUUUUACAGGAGAAAGGUGGCAAUGUUUUAGAUAAGUGGUCCAUUACAACAAAAGAUGAGGAGGCUAUCAUCUUACAACAAUUUUUACGCUUUGGAGAGACAAAGGCCAUUGCCCAGGAAAUUAUUUUACAAGAAUCGCGAGAGCGUCAAGAUCUUUAUUCCCGGCCAACCUCCAGAGCAGAGUCAGAUAUCAAGAAGUUUAUAGAACGCAGCAAUCUCUCUAUGCAAAGCCUAGCUAGGUCAACAUUUGACCCUGCAAGGUAUAUCCUCAACAGUCCUGGGAAACCUCCCAGCUUCUCUUCCCCUCGGGAAGGGGGACGUAUCGUCAGUCCAACAUCAUUGCAGCACUAUUCUCCUAAUGCUUCCAGCCGGGAAUCGUCCCGAGACCGCAUGACCUUGCCAGUUCAGACCCCGAGUCCUGUCAAUGGGUCUCCACUAGGCAGACUUCAAACCAUGCAACCAUUCGAUUAUCGUACUAACCCAGACCGGAGUAGCCCUGCAAUCAGUCCUGCCUCCAGUAGCGAUAAAAUUUCGCAAGUAACUCCGUCUACGCCAACUAAAAGUCCUUUGAAUCUCAAUAUCAGUAGUCCAAUUUCGGUGCCUCCCCCUCCUCCCCCUCUUGCCCCUAUACCAAGCAAACCUGCCUUGGCUGAGAGAGCUAUGGAGCUCAUUACGACACCAUCCAGCUACAAUCCUCAUGAUUUCUCAAUUUCCCCAGCUGUUCUUCAUGGGGACACUGAAACAGAGGCCAUCAACUACUCCACUCAUGGACAUCAAGCAUCAAGUUCCCCGUAUGCAGACCGGAAACUGCGAGCUUUGAGAAAAACAGCUGUGAGUGCUCCUAAGAGAAGCUUUAGCCCAAGUAUCGCCUAUGGUGGCACACUGAUAUCUUCUCAAGGCAAGAAGCGUGUCAUAUGUACCGCAUGCAAUAAAACAUUUUGUGAUAAAGGAGCCCUGAAGAUUCAUUAUAGUGCUGUGCAUUUGAAAGAGAUGCAUAAAUGUUCUGUUGAUGGUUGUAAUAUGAUGUUCAGCUCUCGUCGCAGUCGAAACCGACACAGUGCAAAUCCAAACCCUAAGCUCCAUAUGCCUCAGACCAAACGUAAGAUUGACCAGGAUGAAAAGAGUGACAGUUCAAGUGCGACAGGAAGCGUCACUAGCGAGACACCAAAGUUUGACAACCCCAUGAUGUCUUCUCUAGUGUACCAAUCCCCCUCCUCCCAGGGCAACCAGUCUGAUGCAAAAUCUAAGGCCCUGUCUGAAGGUCACGGGGACCUGAUGAUGGGAGAUCAAGCGUUCUAUGUGGAUUCUAACAAUCAACUUACAUUAAUGCCAACUAAGCGUAUUAAAUUGGAGCAGGAUGACAAACCUACAAAUGAGCCUACUGAACCUAUUAAAGAAGCUACCAAUGAAAAGCCAGUUGAUCUACCUCCAGUGUCCAGUGGAUCUAGUCGACGAAAAAGGAAAAGUGCAGCACCAAUUCGUGUGGCACAGACAGAUGACCGUGAACUGUUUGUGAUGAGUGAAGAUGAGGGCGAGGACCUUUCGCUUAAACCACGCACAAACUUCACACCCAGUCACUCACCAACAGACAGCAAACUUUCAGGUAGCAAUAGUCCCCAUGGCAACAACAGUCUCCAGACUACCAAAAGUCCCCAUGGUAAUGAUAGACACAUUAGUAACAAUAGCCCCAAUAGUAAUGAUGGCCUCCAUGGAAACCAGUUCAAAGCUAUAGAAGAGACAGCCAUUGAGCACAUGAAUAUGGCUCUUGAACAGCUUGACAGUGAGAUAAAACACACAGGGGCUAACCCUGAACAGGCCGCUACCUCAGACACAGAGAUGCAUUCAGAUUUAGAUGAAGAUUCUAGUGCUUCUGACGACUCAGGCAAAUUGAACGGUAACUCAUCAGACACUGAUAUCCCUCUAGAUCAAGAUAACCCCUGCAAGUGUACAGCUUGCGGUAAGCUUUUCCAGAACCAUUUCGGAGUGAAAGUACAUUACCAGAAUGUGCACCUGAAGUUGAUGCACAUGUGUAACAUAGAGGGUUGUAAUGCAGCUUUCCCAUCACGCCGGAGCCGCAAUCGUCAUAGCAAUAACUUAAACCUGCACCGUAAACUGCUCUCAACUACCCUCCCUCAGGACACCCCUGAUAGUAACCAUGAGAACCAGUCUCCACAGAGCUUGCGUGAAGAGUUCCUCAGUAAGAUUUACAGAGGUGACGACACCAGUAGCAGCAGGAAUGGUAAUGGAUAUGGCGAUGAUGAAGGCCCCAUUGAUAUGUCCAAAGAACCUAACUGUGAUAGUGAGAAUAAUGAAAUAAAACAUCAUGAACACAUAGACAGUGAAAACCAGUCAGAAUCGGAAGAGAGUAAGGGAGAAAAUGAGGGGACAGUGAAAUGUCACCUAUGUAGUCAGAACUUCAGGGAUAAUCUAGCACUCAAAGAGCAUUAUGAAAAUAUUCACCCAAAGGAAAUGUUUGCAUGCAAUAUCGGCGGUUGUGAAAAAAAGUUUUCUACACGUAAAAGUCGCAAUCGUCACAGCCAAAAUGAAAAUCUCCACAGGCAUUUGCUGGGCCAUGGAACAAAUGGGAUUGCUUAAAUCCUGUGACAUCAUCAAUUGUUCAAUGACCUCACUUAAUCUUCACAGAUAAACCUAUCGAAAUCCAUGAACAGUACUGUAGAAUGAAUGACAAACCACAAAAAUUUUGUAGUAAAUAAAUUAUAGAUAUUCAGUGUGUAAAUUCUAGAUCAUAAUGGGAAUUGAAUAUCUUGUUUUCAAAAAAUUUACAUGUACUUUUGUUUGCAACUUUUAAGGCCAUUUUGAAUUGCAGUUGUUUAACAUUACUUUUUUCCUUGGUUAUACCAGGGUGGAAAUGCUGAACAAAUAUUGAAAUCCUGAUGGCCUGAAAAUAUUAUACAAAUGUACAGUUUCUUUCUAAAAUGUUAAAAGAAAAACAAAAAUUAAUUAGGUUUGAAUUAAAAUUGUAAAUUAUGUUAAUUGUAUUUAUUAUUGUUGCUGGAACGUGAUAACCAAAUAUGCAAUGAAAGUUGUGAAGUGAAUUUGAAAUUAAUAUAUUUAUAAGAACAUAUCAUUUAUGUAUGAAUGAUACGUGUGUAUGUAACUUAUUAUUUAAUUUAUAUGUUCUAACAUUCAAUUUCAUAUAGUUAUUAAGCUGUAAAUAGGACUGAUUGAGAAAAGAUUUAUGACCACAUGGGUUGUUUAACUGACAAAUAUUUUACAUCAACGAUAAGGUCAGAAAUAGCAUUUCCAUGUGGUUACAAAUGAUUUAGGCUAGAUUAGCUAAUUUAUUGAAAUACUAGUAUUUAUUUAAUGUAUAUUACUUCAUUUUGGAGAUAUAAAAGUCUAUAUAAGCUAUUAAAGUAAUAUGCCUAUAUAGCCUACAUGGUGAUGGUUUUCGUACUACAUAAUGUAAACAUAAAAUAAUACAUUUAAGGUAUGGAGUUCCUCUUAUUUUGGUCACCCUGUAGAUUUAAUGAAAUAGCUUGUGCUUUAGUCUUGAGGUUUGCCAGCAUGUGGUGGAUAUAUAUAUUCAGGGAAUAUUAUGAAUCUAUAAAUUGUAACAGAGUGCUAUUAAUGAUAUAAUACAUUUCAGGUUAUAUUGAGACUUUUAUAAAUACAGGGUGAGAUUGAAGUCUAGUUGCUUAAUGCACUUUUCUCUGGAGACUCUGCAUUGGGAAAUCUCAUCUCAUCUUUAUCAUCAUGUGUAAAAUAUUUCAUGUAUAUAAAUACUGUCAUUGAUAUACCACUGCUGCUACAACUAUAGUGCAAUACAGAACAAAUUUUUCAUAUUUAUUAUAUCUUAUAUGUAUAACAAUUCAAUUUACAAAUGUACAAAAUAUUAUUAUAUGGUAUAACAUAUAUAUGAUCUCCACAUAAAAAAAAUCUGUAGAACCUACAGUGCCAAGUAGCAAAACCAUCGCUACAGACAUUAUUAUUUGUUACUCAAGUACAAAAUUUUACGUUUUGUUAUUUUCCGCACUUUUUAGUCCCAAGCACUCUUAGUGAUGUACAGUUCAAGUGUCUCAGUAUUAUUAUGAAUUGCAAUACUUUUCGUCAGUUUAUUUCAAGAUUUUAUUUAACAGUAUGUAACGUGCCAAUAGUACAGAAAAAUGCAUGCAUGAAUUUUUAUGAUAACGGAAUGUGUAAGAUGUAUGGUAGCAUAAUACUGUACAGGUUGUAUGCUAUGUUAGCGCUAUGUAAGUUAGAAAGAUAAGAUGUAUAUUCGAAACCUAUGUAACUAUGUUGCCAAUAGUUUUUGUCAUAAUGCACAUUUUAGCAAAGUAUAGUGAUUUAUAAAAAAUAGCUAGGAUAAAAUGAAGUGAGAUCUAGCCAUUGUUUUUUGAUACCCUGUAUUUUAUACAGAUAAUGUUGUAGAAUUAAAAACCAU